AUGAUGCAGCUGGGACACGUCGUGGCCCGAGUCGCGCUGCUCACAGCAUUGCCCUACACACUCGCGCUUCCCAAGCUAUGGCAGCCGACAACUACAAUUACGUCGGUAGAAACCGAUCCGCCAGCCGUCGUCACAUACAACACCAACGCGACCCACGGUCCGUUCACUGGGUCGGCAACCACGACGGGCGCUCUGUCGACUUCGGUGCUGGCGUCUGCGAUCCCAGCGCUCCCGCCCCCCGCGGACGCAUACUCGUACCCUGCCGACGGUAAGCUACACAAGCCCGAGCCCGCGCCGUUCACACCCAGCGGCGGCGUCGGCACCAACGGGUCGGCGCCCGUCUACCGCGUGCAGAGCGACUUUGACUAUCAGUCUCUUGCGCUGGCGCUGUACCAGGAGUGGAUCGAGCUGGAUCUCUUCCUCUGGGGCCUGGCCACCUUUACCGACGAGGAGUUUGACGAUUACGGCAUCAACGCCGAGGACCGCUACCUGCUCAAAUACAUGGCGGAGCAGGAAGUCGGGCACGCCACCGUCAUCACGCACAUGCUCGGCCCGCAGGCGCCCACGCAGUGCUCCUACAGCUACCCCGUCUCCAACGUCCGCGAGUUCAUCGACUUUAGCCAGAAGCUGACGCGGUGGGGCGAGGCCGGCGUGUACGGCUUCCUGCCGCACCUCAACUCUGGUCCCGCGGCGCAGCUGCUGCUGCAGAGCAUCACGGUGGAGGCACGGCAGCAGCUCAUCUUUCGGCAGUUUGGCGGCAUGUUCCCGAUGCCCGAGUGGCACACGGUCGGCAUCCCGCAGAGCUGGGCGUGGACGCUGCUGGCGCCGUACAUAGCGAGCUGCGCAGCGGACCAGACGCGGCUCGUGUGGCAGAACUUCCCGGCCCUGCGCAUCCUCAACCAGCCCAAUGCGGCGCGCAUCAACGGGUCCGACGCGUGGAACGAGACGACGGGCGGCAGCAGCAACACGCUGACGACGGGGGAGAUUUCCGCGCCGGACAUGUGCAUCAACGCGACCCUCGCGACGGAGAACUGCAACCCGGCGGUGAGCCAGAACCGCAGCCGGCCGCUGUCGUAUCCCGGACGGCAGGUGUUUCUGGCGUGGGAUGCGCCGGGGCAGCUCGUCGGGCCCAACAACAGCUACGUGACGACGACGAGCGCGCCGCAGCCUAGAUUUGCGGCGUGGGUGUCGCAGCUCAACGUCACGUACUCGCCGCUGCUGAACGUGAGCGUCGAGGGGCGGAGCGCGUACACGGUGCAGCCCAACGUGUCGACGUGGGCGGGCGACCCGGCCUUCAACGGGACCAUGUUCCUGGCGCUGACAGACGUGGACUGGUUUCGUGAUGUUGUCGUCGGUGGUGAAACAGAUACGCCGGGCGGAUGGGCAAUUUAG